AUGGUCAAGUUCGCAACAGUCGCUUCCGCCUCCGCCAUCAUCGCUUCCGUCGCGCCCUCCGUCAUUGCUGCGCCCAUCGUUCAGGCGGACGAUGCACUCGUGGAGCGGGAGCCGCUCUUUCCCCUUCUCUUUGGCGCCGGAAGCUUGAUCGCCAAUGCUAUCAAGAAGCGCAAGCGCGACUUGGGGGAUGUCGAGCUCGAACAACGAGAGCCAGAGCCCCUCUUCCCCUUGCUCUUUGGUGCGGGGAGUCUCAUCGCCAAUGCUGUCAAGCGCAAGCGCGGCUUGGGCGAUGAGUUUGAGUUGUUGGAGAGGGGUUAUGAGGAUGGAUUGGAGCAGAGGGAGCCGUUGUUCCCAUUGCUCUUUACUGCUGGAAGCGCCAUCGCGAAUGCUGUCCGUGGCCGAAGGAAACGUGGUCUCGAGGAUAUGGAGUUGGAGAUGAGGGAGUACUUUGACGAGUUUGAAGUUCGGGACUUCGAAGAUGUUUUGGAUUCCCGAUACUAUGAAUCCCUGGACGAGUUGGACUAG